GUCUAAAUGUCGCACGCGAACAGAAUUCAAAUGGGGAUUUUCUGCUCUAUUUAAAACCCAGUGGUAGAGAACACUACUCAUUUGUGCAAUUACAGAGGGAUAUUUUCUUGGAUGAGGCGAAAGUGUCUCCCCGAGCCACAACCUUGUGAUUUUGCUUAGUACCUUGGUGAUGGAUGUUGCCUGUAUUCUGAAGCUUUUAAUCCUGUUUUUGUCUGGGACGGUGUUCAUAAGAGGCACCCAGGCCAGUGAACAAGAACGAGCUUUGUUGAAGAAACUGUUUCACUCCAAUUAUGACAAGAAUGAAAGACCUGUUGUGAACGACUCAGAUACGGUGACUGUUGUAUUUGGGUUAACACUUAAUCAGAUUGUCGAUGUGGACGAAAAAAAUCAAAUUUUGACAACUAGUGCGUGGGUGAGACAGAUAUGGAAUAAUCCUCUGUUAGCAUGGAACAGUAGUGAGUUUGGUGGACUGACAACAAUUAAUGUCGCUCCAAAGAAUGUUUGGCUCCCUGAUCUUGUUCUGUAUGAAAAUGCUGACGAUGACAUUAGCUUUGGUGGCAACUUGGACCGUAUGAACUUCAGAGUUGUUCUCCAUUACUCAGGAAAAAACGUCUGGCUUUCUCCAGUCACCUUCAAGAGCAAAUGCCGCAUUGACAUCAAGUAUUUCCCAUUCGACACUCAGAAUUGUAAAAUGAAAUUCGGUUCUUGGACUUACGACGGCUUUCGGCUAGAUGUCAUGAACGAAAGUUACUCGGCUGACCUCGGGAAUUACAUCGAGAGCGCCGAAUGGAAGUUGGUCGGUGCUCCUGCCAAACGCAAUGUUGUAACGUACUUUUGUUGCGAGGAGCCUUUCCCGGAUGUGACGUACACGAUUAUUAUUCGGCGACGUUCGUUGUUCUAUAUGAUGAACUUGAUAUUACCGCUGGUCAUAAUCACUGUGUUGAUAAAUGUGUCCUUCGUCCUCCCCGCAGAAUCAGGUGAACGUAUUUCGCUCACAAUAACCAUCCUUCUUGCCAUGACAGUUUUCAUGUUGGUAGUGGCGGAAACGAUUCCUCCGUCUUCCGAUGUAGUUCCACUCAUUGCCAAGUUUUACAUGGCUGGUAUGGUUGAAAUGGCUAUAGGCUUGGUUUGGACCUGUUAUAUUUUGAAAUACUACCAUUCGGAUGUCAUCGAGAUGCCAUCGUGGGUUCGGAAGUACGUUCUCGGCCAUCUGGGACACUUCUUCGGAAUCAGUAUGGAAAACCUUAAGCGCAUCCAGGAACACUCAAACCUUCGCAAAGAUACGGGUCGCAAGGCAACUAUUCAAACUGGUUUGGAAACAUCUGGUAGAAAGAUCACGAACACACUCAUUGUGGCAAACGGUCAAAGCAAAAACCCUUAUGAUAGCCAUUAUAGGCGUAUUCCUUCAGCGACGAACGGUUUCUCGUCACCGAUGCUAAAUGCAUCAGAUAUCUCUUUAAACCAAAUAGACGGUUUCCAGGAUCCGGUUCUCCAAAUUGGGGAGAGAAUUCUUGAAAGAGUUGACACACUUGUGGAGAAUUCGGUUGUUGACGACAGGCUGAACAAUCAUAAGGAAGAAUGGCGUAUUGCUGCCAUGGUGAUGGAUAAGUUGUCCCUUUGGGUGUUUGGGACCUCGGUUCUUGUCACCGUGCUAGCGUGUUUCUUGCAGGCACCAGGUUACGUUGCAUGAUUCGUGUCGAAUAACAGAGAGAGCUGGUUUACAAAGAAAUGUCUUUGGAAUCAAACUUUGUGCCUUUCCCUUUUGUCUUUAUCUGUGCGAGGUGGUCCUUUCUCCCACGAGUGCAAUGAGGAUAUUGAAUUUUAAGACUUCAAGCUGUAACUGCGACUUGUGCAUGAAUAGGGCUGGAAGUGUAGAUGUAUUUUUGAUGAUUCUAGGAGUCCUUGCGUUUUGACCUGAGAAUUUCGUUGCUUAGCAGUAAAGUGAAUUGAACUGGGCUAUACGAAGGAGGUUGUACUCCACUAAAACGCUAGCGUGGCGUUAAUUAUAAAGCCACACACAUGUUACUUUAAGAAAUAACAUGUUACUAUUAGUGAAUCUAGAUAAGUGCCCCCUCUCAUCGGCAAAAUUGCAAAAAAAGUAUCCCCCAUCCUUAGGGAACCCGUAGUUUCAUACACUGUAAUCUCGUCGGCGGAAAUUGUCAAGUUAGUUACUAUUCCAUACUUUUCUUCAGUUUGUGUAAACGUUAGGUGAGGAAAAUAACCUCAGUUUCCAAAUUUCCGCCAUUGAAACGUCAGGAUCGGCUUUUUAUCUUGAUUUACAGUUUAUGUAGUUGAUUCUUCGCCGAUGUUUUAGUACAAAAGCGAUUACAUCUUGCCACGAGUUAGAAAAAUUUAAAACGCGCCCUACCUGGGUUUAACGCUGCUUGUCUUAACCUAAGUUUUAAUUAAAUGAGAAUUUAGCGUACAUGUGCCUUUUUAUAAAACGAAGGGUUUUACUAUUUAUGAUGUGAUGGGUAUUAAAUUUUAAUACUGACCUUGUUGGGAAAUCUCAUCAGGUUUGCCUUUACAGAAAAGGCCAAGCGGUUGUACGACUGAAUAUUUAUCAUACGAUAAAGUUAUCAGGCUGCUCUCAUCGUUUCCUUUAUAUUGCUUCUUUAAAUGAAUUUGAUUUCGCCGUUUAUGGUAUAAAGAUAGCGGGGUCUAUGUUGACCUUCAUUGUUUCAGUUCUCACCUAUAACAGAUGAAAUAUAAUUUAGAGAAUUUUUAUAAAUUAAGUUA